UCAGGAAUUGGAAAAGCUAACUUUAUUCACCGCUGUCUUGUGGUCAUUAUUGCUGUCUGAGAAAACAGACCAAACUCUGUUCCUGUUAACAAACUCUGAAAUUUCCUUAAUGCACAGAUCACACACCACACAUCGAAAUGGCCUCAUACUUUGAUGAACAUGACUGUGAGCCCACCAACCCUGAGGAGCAAUAUCGUCAGAACGCCCUGCUGGAGCUGGCCAGGUCCUUAAUGCAGGGUUUGGACCUGAUUGACUCCGGGGCAUUCGACCUGUCAGACUGGGACCAGCGGCUUCCUCCCCCUGCUGCCAAAACUGCUGUUCAGACCCUCACUGUGGUUGUCAUUUCCGCAGAACAAGCAGACAAAGGUUUGAAGUGUCCUGUGUGUUUGCUGGAGUUCGAGGAACAAGAGACGGUUCGAGAAAUGCCUUGCAAACACCUCUUCCACUCAGGAUGUAUACUACCCUGGUUGGGCAAGACUAACUCCUGUCCGCUUUGCCGACUUGAGUUACCGACUGACAAUCCAGAGUAUGAGGAGUUUAAAAAGGACAAGGAGAGAAGAAAACAGAGGGAGCACCGACUUGAGGACCUGCAUGGAGCCAUGUACACCUGAUGAAAGUGCUGAAUGCUUCAAGAACAACAAGCUGCAUUCAGCCCAACUCCAUAAAGAUAGAACCCUGUUUGAUGUACUUAGACCAUUUUGCUACCUACAAGAAAGAAAGAAAGAAAGAAAAAAACUCAAACAAAUCCAAAACUUUUCCACAGAACCUCUUCAACAGCCACUGACAUCACUGGAUGCUCCAUUGUGUUAAAAUGAGAGUUUUUUUAUUAAAUGGCACCGGAUUUGGGAACAUAAUAAUGGAACAUUUCAAAUUUGCUUUUUGUUUUUUACGCGAUGUUUCCAAAUGGAGCUGAUACCAGCUCUGACUUUAAAUUCCUUUUUUAUUUAAAUUUAUUAACUUCUAAUGUGCAUAAAAGCUGUACUUAUCAAGUAAAUGGAAAUGUUUAGGAAGAGGAAAUGAUCAGUGACUAUUUGUUAUAUAUAAAACAAAAAAUGUUUUAACUUG